AUGUUUACCAAGAAGUCAGGAGAAGAGUUGGUGAUAAUUCUAGUGUAUGUAGAUGACUUACUAGUUAUUGGAAAUAAUUUGGUCUUGAUCAAUAAAGCAAGGGAAGAUUUGAAGCACAAAUUAAAGAUGAAGGAUCUUGGAGAACUUAAGUUCUUCUUGGGGAUUGAAGUAGCUAGAUCACAAGAGGAAAUCAUGAUAUGCCAAAGAAAAUAUGCAUUAGAGUUAGUUUCAGAAACUGGUUUGAGUGGAUCAAAGCCAGUCAAUGCACCACUUGAAGUUAAUCAGAAAUUGACUUCUGUGGAAUAUGACAAAAAUAUAUCUACCAAGACAGGACACAAUGAUGAAACUUUGAAAGAUCCUACAACUUAUCAAAGGCUAGUAGGGAAACUUUUGUACCUAACAAUGACCAGGUUGGACAUAGCUUUUGCAGUUCAAGUCCUUAGCCAAUACAUGCAUUGUCCAAAAAGAUCUCAUAUGGAAGGUGCACUGAGAGUUGUAAGAUAUAUCAAGGGCUCACCGGGAAUGGGUUUACUGAUGCCAUCUCAAACUACUAGUCAACUAUUUGCCUAUUGUGAUUCAGACUGGGGUGCUUGUCUGGAAACAAGAAAAUUUGUUACUGGGUAUUUGGUGAAGUUUGGCGGAGCUGUAAUAUCUUGA